UUCUGCCAGUUCGAUAACGUCACUGUAAACAAACAUGGCGGCUGUGCGGUUCGCUCUUUUAGCAUCAAACAUCUUUAAACCUGUCCUGGAUUAAUAAACAACGACAUGCAUUUACAGUUAGUAAGUAGAUACGCGUUUCGUUGUUUGUGUCGGUGACGGGAGCUGCAAUUUAGCUCCAGCAAAUGUCGAAUUUGACUUACUAGCUGAGCUAGCUCAGUUAGCUGGUUACCAAGGCAACGUUAGCCAACAGUUUAGCGAGCUCCCUCCCGAAGCGGUGAGUUUCUCUUGUUAAAGCUGAUUUAUCUUCAGAGCAGCACAUUUUUUACACGCCGAAUUAAAAGACAGUCUUUCAACUCUUGUAAGAUUCAAGUAAUUAGUAAGUAACCUUGUUUAUUAAUGAGCCGAGAAGCGAAACUUUCUGAACAAAUUAAUUUAUGACUGGAGUUCAGGGUUCGCGUAACUUGUUGUUUUCCUGCCUCUGCUAGUCAACUGGAAGCUACAACAAUGGCCCAGACUGGUUGUUCUGGAGCUCAAUAACAUUUUAUUUUGUCUGUCGGAGUUUCUUGGUGAACUCAGCACUUUAAUAUUUCACCGUGUUGAUUUAAUAGAAGCUCCGCUGCAGAAGACCAUCUGAGAAACGUUUAAUUUUAAGCUGCAGCGAUGAUUUUUGAGCUGUGCUGUAAACAAACUUGACUCCAGCUGAAGUUAAAGGAAAUAUCAGCUGAGAAAACUGAACCUGGGAGCUCUGCAGACACACUGAGGCUGAUGGAGCAGUACAGUAUUCUGGGUCGGAUCGGAGAAGGAGCUCAUGGUAUCGUAUUCAAGGCCAAACACAUUGAGACAGGAGAGACGGUGGCUCUGAAGAAAGUCGCUCUGAGGCGGCUGGAGGACGGCAUCCCCAACCAGGCUCUGAGGGAGAUCAAGGCCUUGCAGGAGAUCGAGGACAACCAGCAUGUGGUGAAGCUGAAGGACGUCUUUCCUCACGGCACCGGCUUCGUCCUCGUCUUCGACUUCAUGCUGUCGGACCUCUCGGAGGUCAUCAGGAACUCCCAGCGACCUUUGACCCCAGCGCAGGUCAAAGGUUACAUGAUGAUGCUGCUGAAGGGCGUGGCCUUCCUGCACCACAACAACAUCAUGCACCGGGACCUGAAGCCAGCGAACCUCCUCAUCAGCUCCUCGGGUCACCUGAAGAUCGCAGACUUCGGUCUGGCUCGGCUGUUCAGUGAGCAGGAAGAGAGACUGUACAGCCACCAGGUGGCCACCAGGUGGUACAGAGCACCUGAGCUGCUGUACGGAGCCCGAAAGUACGACGAAGGAGUCGACCUGUGGGCAGUAGGUUGUAUCUUUGGGGAGCUCUUGAACUCGUCUCCUCUGUUUCCUGGAGAAAACGACAUCGAGCAGCUCUGUUGUGUCCUCAGAGUGUUAGGAACGCCGACACAGGACAGCUGGCCGGAGAUCGUGGAGCUGCCCGACUACAACAAGAUCACCUUCAAGGAGAAUCCAGCCAUCCCAUUGGAGGAGAUCGUCCCCGACACCUGUCCCCAGGCCGUCCACCUGCUCUACAAGUUCCUGGUUUACCCGUCCAGGCAGCGCUGCUCCGCCUCACAGGCCCUCCUCCAUCCCUACUUCUUCUCAUCUCCACUUCCUGCCCACCACUCAGAGCUGCCCAUCCCUCAGGGGGGGCCGCCCCCCCGCCAGCGCCUCCAGGCUCCGCCCACCGACUUCUCAGUGGACUUGCCCCUGCAGAGCAGCGUGGUGGACCCCGCACUGCUGCAUGGCCACGCCUCCUGCCUCUGAACCGACCAAUCGGCUUCACUUUCAUCGAGUGCUUCAUUUAUUAUCGGCUCCACCAGCGGGUUCUGGAUUAGAACAAAAAGCUCAACAUAUGUAAAGUUUUUCUGCUCUGUUUAAAUGAUUUCUGAAUUUUAAAACACCACGUCAUGUUCAGGAGUCCAGCUGGUGAGUUUGACUCCAACAUUCUAUGGCUCUGGUUUUGGUCUACCGACUGUACUACCGACUGUACUACCGACUGUACUACCGACUGUACUACAACUGUACUACCGACUGUACUACCAACUGUACUACAACUGUACUACCGACUGUACUACCGACUGUACUACCGACUGUACUACGACUGUACUAUGACUGUACUACGACUGUACUACGACUGUAUUACCGACUGUACUACAACUGUACUACCGACUGUACUACGACUGUACUACGACUGUACUACCAACUGUACUACCGACUGUACUACCGACUGUACUACCGACUGUACUACGACUGUACUAUGACUGUACUACGACUGUACUACGACUGUACUACGACUGUAUUACCGACUGUACUACAACUGUACUACCGACUGUACUACGACUGUACUACCGACUGUACUACAACUGUACUACGACUGUACUACAACUGUACUACCGACUUUACUACAACUUUACUACCGACUUUACAACUUUACUGCAACUGUACUGCAACUGUACUACGACUGUACUAUCGACUGUACUACAACUGUACUAUGACUGUACUACAGCUGUACUAUGACUGUACUACCGACUAUACUACAACUGUACUACAACUGUACUCCGACUGUACUACAAUUUUACUACAACUUUACUGCAGCUGCACUACAACUGCACUACAGCUGUACUACGACUGUACUACGACUGUACUACCAACUAUACUACAACUGUACUACAACUGUACUGCAACUGUACUAUCGACUGUACUAUCGACUGUACUACAACUGUACUAUGACUGUACUACAACUGUACUAUGACUGUAAUACCAACUGUACUGCAACUUUACUACAACUGUACUGCGACUGUACUACAAUUUUACUACAACUUUACUACAGCUGUACUACAACUGCACUACAGCUGUACUACGACUGUACUUUGACUGCACCAGGUACUGCAAUCAGUACUACCAGCUGUUUGUCUCCAGCAGCUCCUCCACUUCUUCAGCCACAUUAGCCGUUUUUAUUUGAUGUUUUUAUACGUAUUAGACGGCUCAUGUUAGAAGAAGCAGAAUAAAUGAACCUGAAACAUGUAAAUUCUUAAUUUCUGGAAAAAGUUUUCUGCUCUCUCAAAGUAAUUUUUGAGUUUCUCAGAAAACGAGUCACGUUUGAUGCGUUUGGGUGAGUUUCAGUCCAGCAUUUUCUCUUUUAGCUAGUUUUUGGUCUCCUGAGGAAACUUCAGUCUAUUCAGCUGCUAAAUUCUGCACUUUCUGUGUUUUUAUAACGUGUUUUUAUCCAGUGUUUUUUUUAGUUUGGUUUGUUUCUCUUUGUUGUUUGACAUUUUUAUUGCUAGUUCCAGAUGUUUUCUGUCGUCUCACACUUGUAGAAUUACCAGCUGUGUUCUUAUGACAGACACUUGUUUGCAUUUCAUUAGAAAACGUUGAUGGAAUACGUGAAAUUUAGAAACAAAACUCCACGUUUCUGACGCGAGGAGCUUGGGGUGGAUGGAGGGCGCCAACAGAAACUCUGGUUCAAGACAGAUGGAAACGUGUCGCGUCUCAUCGGCUUUUUCUGCUUUUACGACCUCUACAAACUGAACCAGGACGGAGGAAGUUUUAGCUUUUUACACAAUCUGAUUAAAGUAGACGUGAAGAAUGAAGUGGUUUUGAUGAAAUAUCAGGAUUUUAGUUCAUUUUCCCGUCAGAAUUCACACAUAAUACAUUGGAGGAGUGUUGUAAAGAAAAUCCAGUGAGUCUUUGUGUUUUUACAGUUUCCAGCUGAUAAACGUUGAAUUAGAAAAGAAACUAACCUGUUUUUUGGUGAGUUUUGGACUUUAGAGGAUUUAAUAAUAAUUAAAAACUUCCUGAAAAGUGAAAGAAUCUGCAGCAAAGCAAGCACUUACGUUAAUUAUUAUAUUAUAAUAUCCAUAAAUGGAGAGAACCAAAGCUUUUAAAUAAUCUUUUAAAUCUGCUUCAGACUUUAUUGUUGGACUUCAGCUCUUUUUGUGUUUUAUCUUUCUUCUCUUUGUGUUUUAUUGUGUUUUCUUUCUAUAUAUUUCAACUGUACGACUCUUUAUUUGUUUAAAAUGCUCCUCCUAACAAUAUUUAAAUAUAUAACAGUACUAAAUGCUCUGAUAUUUUGUCCUCAGAGAGUUUGAGUUUCAUUUUAUCUGAUUUCAUUCAGCAGAAAUUAAACUUUAGAUUUCAGAAGUCAGGUUUUGUGGGCGGAGUCUAACCCUUCCUCUUCCUGAUGAUGUCAGAGCAUCAGCAGCCAAUCAGCAGCUCCUCUUCCUCCUUUAAAUACCUGACAUGUUUUAUGUUUUCAUCAGAGCAGCUUCUUCUCCCUCAGAAACACAGCGAUGAUGUCACACUACUCGCCGGCGGCUGAUUGGUCCUCGGCCGUGGCGACUGCCGGAUCUGAAGCGAGUUUCAGCGCUGAGUUUGGCCCCGCCCCCUCAGAGACUCUCCUCCAAUCACCUUUCACGUCCCACGACACUCCACUCCUCCUCCGCCCCUCCCUGUGGGUGGACAACUCCAACUGUCAAUCAGCAGCUCCAUGGACUGGUUACUAUGGCGACACAAGUGCUGUCCCCUCCCCCUCUGCAGCUGAUUGGAGGCUAUCUGGCGGUCUGUGCUGGGGGCGGGACUUUGGACCAGAGCAGCGUCAGUGUGUGAGCUGUGGCAGCUGCAGCGCCCCCCUGUGGAGAAGAGGCGCUGCAGGACAACACCUGUGUAACACCUGCAGCCUCCAACAAACAAACAACAACAACAACGAGAACGACAAGAACGCACCACUGCUGAGACCAAAGAGGAGAACUACGGUGAAUCAGAAAAAAGGAACUGAAUGUUUCAACUGUCAAACUAAAAUCACGACUCUGUGGAGAAGAAACUCUGCAGGAGAACCAGUCUGUAACGCCUGUGGACUGUACUACAAACUACACCAGGUGAACCGGCCUUUAGCGCUGAAGAGAGACGGAAUCCAAACCAGAAGGCGAAAACUGACCAAUAAGAAGACGAACCAGAGGAAGGCCAACCAAUCAGAGCUCAUGCUGUCCAGCCCUAGCCCCUCCCACUGAUGAGGUCAAGGCUGGCUCCUCCCCCUCCCUUCAGCUCGGCCCACUCUGCUGAACUGACUGGUUUUACUGUGAGUUCUGGAACUAGUUGUUGUGUGGAAGGAUACAGUGAAGUUCAGGAAGUAGUUCCACACAGCUGCUGGUGUAUCACUGCUCCCUCUGUCUGAAUCCUCACAUGAUGAUGUCAGUUUCUACUCUGUUUUCAUCUCAGUCAUCGUUUCAGUAACAAGGUUGUGUGUGUGUGUGUGUGUGUGUGUGUGUGUUUGUGUGUAUCUACCGGGGUUUAAUAAAAACAUGUUCACAGAC